CAGUGCCAUUGAGCUCUCGCUGGUUCCAGCUCAAGUAUCACACCAAUGGAGUCAAGCGAGCAACAAGACAAGUCGGAUUUGAACGCCUUGGAAAAUCAAGGCCAGGUGAACCGUACACAUCACACCGGUCGAUCGUCUGCUGAAUCUAUCACCCAUUCGUUUCCUAAAUCUCAAGAGCAGAUCAUUAUUGGCGAAACCGAGAAACCGAUCUCAGACUCACGCGACGUGGAGAAUGAUAACACUUCCGAAAAAUCCCAGAACGACGCAAGAACUGGAAAACAGCCCCCACAAUGGUGGCCUUCACUAAUCAAAUGGAAUAUGAGGGAAUCUACAGGUCGCUACAAACGAAUGGCGAUCCACUUAUUCUUUGUGAGUAUCUUAUUGGGAUGGUGGAUAUCAGGGCUCGUAUUGAAGGAGACAAGACACAAAUGGGUGAUAACAACCUUUUGGACGUGGUUGAUCUUACUAAUAAUUUUUUUUCGAUGGGUACCGACAAAAUAUGUGACCCGACCGAUUGGAAAAACUUACAUGACCCUGAUUGGAAAUCCGAUCAUGAAGUCAACAAACCACAGGGUGCGACUAUCAAUCGGCUGGUUGAUCUUACUUGGAUUGUGGUUGGGAAGCACUUUUGGAAUCAAGUUGGCCCAAGGAAGCAAUUAUACAGGUCGGCUGAGAUCCUUAGUAGGCGUGAUAGUCUUCCAGCUCGGGUUUUGGGCCUCAUCUAGAACUAAGAGUCUGAUUCGCUGGAGAACUAUCAUAGUCGGGUUGAUUCUUCAACAGCUUUUAGCUCUGGUGGUUCUGAAAUCUAAGGCCGGGUAUGAUUUCUUCAAUUGGAUUGCAAAAGCUGCAACGGAUCUCUUGGACCAGGGCACGAAAGCCGGGGGGUUUUUCUUCUCGUCUCAAGUGCUCGAAUACCAUUGGUAUUUUGUAAACACACUAGCGGCGAUAAUCUUCUUCAUAGCACUGGUCCAGCUCCUUUACUAUUUUGGGGUCAUGCAAGCUAUCAUGAUAAAAUUUGCCUGGGUGUUUUAUACCUUGAUGGGUGUUAGUGGUGUUGAAGCUUUGACUGCAGCAGCUUCGCCGUUUAUUGGCCAGGGCGGAAGUUUUGUCCUGAUACGCCCUUUCGCCGCACAAAUGACUGCCGCUGAGAUUCAUCAGGUCAUGACCUCGGGAUUUUCGGCGAUAUCAGGAGCUGUCUUGACCGCAUAUGUGGCCAUGGGGAUCCCAGCAGUUUAUCUGAUCAAUGCAUCGACCAUGAGUAUACCAGCUUCUUUGGCGAUCAGUAAGCUGAGAUUCCCGGAAGACAGCCAGCCUCUCACCGCCGGCAAAGUCAUCAUUCCCGAAGACGAGCAUACCAAUCGGAAAGACAGCAAUGCAAUCAUGGUUUUUUCCGAUGGUGCUUGGCUUGGUCUCAGAGUGGCUGGAACAAUACUUGCCAACCUGUUAACAAUUCUGGCACUAUCAUAUACCGUCGACGGCUUGUUGACAUGGAUUGGUCAAUUUUGGGGAAUGGAUCCGAAUGGCGCCCAUCCGCUAACCCUCGAAUUGAUCUUUCAAUACUUACUUUAUCCAGCGGCUUGGCUCAUGGGCACACCCAAUCAAGACGUCUUAAAAGUCUCGAGACUCUUGGCUAUCAAGUUGAUCACAAAUGAAUACGUUGCUUACCGAGAGUUGUCUAAGCUGCAACCCGAAAUGACUGAGAAGGGAACACUAAUUGCCAUCUACAGUUUGUGCGGAUUCGCCAAUCUAGGUAGCCUGGGAAUCCAAAUUGGGGUCUUGAAUAGUCUAGUACCCUCAAAAAAACAUGUGAUCAGCAGAGUUGCAAUCUCUGCCUUACUGUGCGGCUUCUUUUCGACAAUUCAGACGGCUGCUAUCGCAGGAAUGAUUUUUUGAAUUGAUUUGAAAAUACUCGAGCCCAUGGCGGCUUUGCAACCGCGCUGCCAUGCUCCCAACUUCUAAUAGUAGCUCAAGUGCAUCUCUGACGGAGCGCGGGUGGAUUGAGCUGUUUUCAGCAGGCUCACUCAAGUUUCACACAGAAUAACAGGUCUCACACCUGCUGUUUUUCCAAUUUCUUCCAAGCCACCCUGGAUAGGGAGAGGGAAAUAGACAGCUAGGACCUGAUUUUAGCAGGUCUGCUCCAAUUUGAUGAAGUCCCUCCUACAUACACAAGAUCAAGUUCCAGGUGUAUUUGAGAUAUAUUUAAGGUCUGCUGAGCCCAAACAUACAGCUAUA